AUGACUUUCACCGUUGGUAUUGCUGGUAUCACUGGCAAAUUUGCGAAAAGACUCGCAUCUCAUAUCUUGAAGCACCCCGAUGUCGCUAUCCGCGGCUAUUGUCGCAACCCGAGCAAGGUCUCGGAUGCCAUCGCCUCCUCAACUCAAGUGACCCUCAUCAAAGGUGACGCAUUCGACCAUGAUGCUAUUCGCAACUUUGUCAAUGGCUGUGAUGUGAUUGUAUGCUGUUAUCUCGGUGAUGAUAAGUUGAUGGUUGACGGUCAAAAAGCCUUGAUCGACGCGUGUGAGGAGUGCAAUGUGCCCCGCUACGUUGCUAGUGAUUGGGCAUUGGACUAUACCAAGCUGAAGCUUGGCGAGUUGUUCCCCAAGGAUCCCAUGAUUCAUGUCAAGGCUUAUCUAGAGACAAAGAAGGUCCAAGGCGUGCAUAUCCUCAUUGGCGGAUUCAUGGAGCCAAUUUUCAGUCCUUUCUUCAACAUCUUUGACCCGAGCACUAAUACUUUCCGGUAUUGGGGUAACGGUGAUGAGGUGAUGGAGGGAACUACCUAUGAUAAUGCGGCUGAGUUUACUGCUGCAGUUACUCUGGAUCCCAAGGCAACUGGAAUUGUCCGAUUCCUUGGUGGACGUGCGACUAUUCGGGAGAUUGCGCAGUCAUUUGAAAAGAACUUUGGAGUCAAGCCAACCCUUGAAAGUCGCGGUUCCCUGGAUGACCUUUUCAAGACAAUGCAUGAGCUUUGCCGGAAGAACCCCAAUGAUGUCUUCAGUUACAUGUCGAUGUUCUUUUACUACUACUGGAUCAAUGGCCAGACUUUUGUGGGUACUGAGCUGGAUAAUUCCCACUACCCAGAAGUUAAGCCUGUUGACUGGGAGGCUUUUAUGAUUCAGUGGACUUUGGAGAAGCUGCCGACAGCAUUCUUUGCCCUCAAUGCUUAA